AUGAGACCUGAAGUAGAGCAAGAGCUCGCCCACACCCUCCUCGUGGAGCUCCUGGCAUAUCAAUUUGCGUCGCCAGUGAGAUGGAUCGAAACCCAAGAUGUGAUUCUCGCAGAGAAGCGCACCGAGCGCAUCGUCGAGAUUGGUCCGGCCGACACGUUAGGAGGAAUGGCCAAGCGAACAAUCGCCUCGAAAUAUGAAGCCUACGAUGCCGCUACAUCGGUUCAGCGCCAGAUCCUAUGUUAUAACAAGGACGCAAAAGAGAUAUAUUACGAUGUUGACCCCGUAGAGGAGGAGCCAGAGGCCCCUGCGGCUGACUCGGCUCCGGCGUCAACAGCAGCUCCAGCCGUGCCUGCACAAACUGCUGCCGCACCACCACCACCGCCCAGUGCGGGGCCUGCUGCUGCGGUUGCAGAUGCUCCAGUUUCAGCAAUUGAUGUUGUGCGGUCAUUGGUAGCACAGAAAUUGAAGAAGCCGCUCUUGGAUAUCCCGCCUAACAAGGCGAUCAAGGACUUGGUCGGAGGCAAAUCUACGCUUCAGAAUGAGAUCCUUGGUGAUCUAGGCAAAGAGUUCGGUUCCACGCCCGAUCGACCUGAAGAUACCCCAAUAGACGAACUUUCUUCCGCGUUGCAAGCGACCUUCAAUGGCCAGCUUGGCAAGCAAUCCACUUCUCUUGUUGCCAGAUUGGUAUCCUCAAAAAUGCCUGGUGGGUUCAAUAUCACUGCAGUUCGCAAAUAUCUCGAGACGAGAUGGGGGCUUGGACCAGGUCGCCAAGACGGCGUUUUACUACUUGCCUUGACAAUGGAGCCACCAUCGCGUCUCGGCUCAGAAGCAGACGCCAAAGCGUAUCUCGAUGAUGUUGCCAACAAAUAUGCUUCGAUUCAAGGCAUUUCCCUCUCCACCGCCAGCGCUGGUGGCGAUUCCGGAGCCGGUGCUGGCGGCAUGAUGAUGGAUCCUGCUGCCAUUGACGCAUUGACCAAGGACCAGAGAGCUCUUUUCAAACAGCAGUUGGAGAUCAUCGCGCGCUAUUUGAAAAUGGAUUUGCGAGCCGGUGACAAGGCCCACCUUGCAGGUCAAGAGACUCAAACUGCCCUCCAGGCUCAGUUGGAUUUGUGGCAUGCUGAGCAUGGCGACAUAUAUGCUUCCGGCAUCGAGCCUUCAUUCGAUCCCUUGAAAGCACGCGUUUAUGAUUCAUCCUGGAACUGGGCACGGCAGGAUGCGCUCAGCAUGUACUUCGAUGUCAUCUUCGGCCGGUUGAAGGUUGUGGAUCGUGAAAUCGUCAGCCAGUGCAUUCGUAUUAUGAACCGGUCCAACCCGCUACUUCUCGACUUCAUGCAAUAUCACAUUGAUAAUUGCCCAACGGACCGUGGCGAAACAUAUAAACUAGCAAAGGAACUUGGACAACAACUUAUCGAAAACUGCAGAGAGGUGUUGCAUACCGACCCCGUCUAUAAGGAUGUCGCUAUCCCAACUGCUCCACAGACUGUUGUGGACGCUCGCGGUAAUAUCAAUUAUCAAGAAGUUCCUCGUGCUAGUGUACGGAAACUCGAACAUUAUGUCACAGAAAUGGCGCAGGGCGGCCCAAUCACCGAAUAUAGCAACCGCACAAAGGUGCAGAACGACCUCAAGAGUGUCUACAAGCUCAUCAGGAAGCAGCACAAAUUAUCCAAAUCCUCGCAGCUCCAAUUCAAUUCUCUCUAUCGUGAAGUGCUCCGUGCGAUGUCCAUGAACGAGCAUCAAAUUAUCCCUCAGGAAAAUGGACAUAGCAAGAAAGGUAGCCGUAGUGGCUCUCGUUCCCCAGUGAAUGGAGGCCCCACGAGACCAGGCAAGGUUGAGACCAUUCCAUUCUUACAUCUAAAGAGGAAGAAGGGACACGGCUGGGAGUAUAGCAAGAAGUUGACUGGUAUCUACAUUGACGGCCUGGAAUCGGCUGCGCGUGCCGGGCUUACCUUCAGUGGUAAAAAUAUCUUGAUGACUGGUGCUGGCGCAGGCUCUAUCGGUGCAGCCGUUCUCCAGGGACUCAUCAGUGGCGGUGCCAAGGUUGUCGUCACGACAAGUCGCUUCAGCCGUGAGGUCACCGAAUAUUACCAAACCAUGUAUACUCGCUACGGUGCCCGCGGUUCUCAAUUAGUUGUUGUUCCCUUCAAUCAAGGAAGCAAGCAAGACGUCGAGGCGCUGGUAAACUAUGUCUACGACACCAAGAACGGCUUGGGAUGGGACCUUGAUUUUGUUAUCCCGUUCGCCGCCUUUUCCGAAAACGGACGUGAGAUCGAUAACAUCGACUCCAAGUCAGAGCUAGCUCACCGUCUUAUGCUGACAAACAUUUACCGCUUGCUUGGUUGCGUCAAAACGCAGAAACAAGAACGUGGAUUCUCGACACGUCCUGCGCAGGUCAUCUUGCCACUUUCACCAAACCAUGGCACCUUUGGAAAUGAUGGCCUAUACUCUGAAUCGAAAUUGGGCUUGGAGACACUAUUCAACAGAUGGUAUUCUGAGAGUUGGGCCAACUAUCUCACUAUCUGCGGCGCCGUAAUUGGAUGGACCCGUUCUACUGGUCUUAUGAACGCUAAUGAUACGAUCGCUGAUGGUAUCGAAAAACUCGGUGUUCGGACGUUCUCACAGCAAGAAAUGGCCUUCAACUUGCUAGGAUUAAUGGCUCCUGCUAUCGUUGAUCUCUGUCAAAGUAGCCCGGUCUUUGCUGACCUGAACGGUGGCUUCCAAUUCAUUCCUGACCUCAACGCUCUCAUGAAGAAACUCCGAAGUGAAAUGCUUGAGACGAGCACCAUUCGACACGCCGUCGUCAAGGAAACUGCCUUGGAAAACAAAGCCGUCAAUGGAGAGGACAGCGAGGCUCUUUACAAGAAAGUCGUCACGGAACCUAGAGCCAAUAUCAAAUUUGAAUUCCCUACGCUCCCUGAUUGGAAGGAUUUGGACUCUCUCAAUCAAAACCUGAAGGGCAUGGUGAAUCUCGACAAAGUUGUUGUUGUGACGGGUUUUGCUGAACUAGGUCCAUGGGGUAACUCGCGAACCCGCUGGGAGAUGGAAGCCUAUGGUAAGUUUUCUUUGGAGGGUUGUGUUGAGAUGGCCUGGAUUAUGGGCCUUAUCAAAAAUCAUAAUGGACCCAUUAAAGGGAAGCCCUACUCCGGGUGGGUCGAUGCGAAGACCGGUGAGCCCGUCAGCGACAAAGACGUCAAAGCCAAGUAUGAGAAGUACAUCCUUGAGCACUCCGGUAUCCGCCUUAUCGAACCUGAGCUCUUCAAGGGCUACGACCCGAACAAAAAACAACUUUUGCAAGAAGUCGUGCUUCAGGAAGACCUCGAAACUUUCGAGGCUUCUAAGGAAACUGCUGAAGAAUUCAAACGCGAGCACAACGAUAAAGUCGAAAUCUUUGAAAUCAAGGAGUCUGGCGAAUACACCGUUCGUCUUCUCAAGGGCGCCACUCUCCUCAUUCCUAAAGCUUUGAAAUUUGACCGACUUGUUGCGGGUCAGAUUCCGACCGGCUGGAACCCAAAGAAUUAUGGCAUCCCUGAUGACAUUAUCGGUCAAGUCGACCCGGUCACCCUCUAUGUCCUGGUGUGCACAGCAGAGACGCUUCUCUCCUCCGGUAUUACGGAUCCUUAUGAGUUCUACAAAUAUGUUCACGUAUCUGAGCUUGGUAACUGCAUUGGUUCGGGCAUUGGUGGUUCUCAGGCCCUGAAGGGCAUGUACAAGGAUCGCUACUUGGACAAACCACUUCAAAAAGAUAUUCUCCAGGAAUCUUUCAUCAACACUAUGAGCGCCUGGGUAAACAUGUUGCUUCUUUCAUCCAGCGGACCAAUUAAAACCCCAGUUGGAGCUUGCGCAACCGCUGUCGAAUCAAUCGACAUCGGCUACGAAACCAUUGUGGAAGGCAAGGCCCGAGUUUGCUUCGUCGGCGGCUUCGACGAUUUCCAGGAAGAAGGCUCAUACGAGUUCGCCAACAUGAAAGCUACCAGCAACGCUGAAACCGAAUUCGCCCAUGGAAGGACUCCUCAGGAAAUGUCUCGACCUACCACUACAACGCGUGGCGGUUUCAUGGAGUCUCAAGGUUGUGGCAUGCAGUUGAUCAUGAGCGCCCAACUUGCGUUGGAUAUGGGUGUGCCAAUUUAUGGUACAAUUGCCUUGACAUCUACGGCUACUGACAAGAUUGGUCGAUCCGUACCAGCACCCGGCCAGGGUGUUCUGACCACUGCUCGGGAGAAUCCCGGUAAAUUCCCAUCCCCGCUUUUGGAUAUCAAAUACCGUCGUCGCCAAUUGGAUCUCCGACGCCGUCAAAUUAAGCAGUGGCAAGAGGCAGAACUUCUUUAUCUCCAGGAAGAAGUUGAUGCAAUGAAGGCCCAGACGACCGAACCAUUCAAUGAAAAGGAGUACUUGCAAGAGCGUGUGGAGCAUAUUCAACGAGAGGCAAUUCGACAGGAGAAAGAUGCUCAAUUUGCCCUGGGCAACAAUUUCUGGAAACAGGAUCCACGCAUCGCUCCUCUUCGUGGUGCUCUCGCAACUUGGGGCCUCACAGUUGAUGACCUUGAUGUUGCCUCGUUCCACGGAACCUCCACUGUCGCCAACGACAAAAAUGAGUGCGAUGUUUUGUGCAAGCAGAUGAGGCACCUUGGCAGGACAAAGGGUAACGCCCUCCUUGGUAUUUUCCAGAAGUAUUUGACUGGACAUCCCAAGGGCGCUGCUGGUGGAUUCAUGUUCAAUGGUUGUUUGCAGGUUCUGAACACUGGUCUGGUCCCUGGAAAUCGUAACGCGGACAACAUCGACAAGAUUAUGGAGAAGUUCGACUACGUUGUGUAUCCGAGCCGAAGCAUUCAGACGGACGGUAUCAAGGCAUUUUCCGUCACGUCAUUCGGUUUCGGUCAGAAGGGAACUCAAGCGAUUGCUAUCCAUCCCAAAUAUCUGUUUGCAACAUUAGAUCAGGCCCAAUAUACCGCCUAUAAGGCGAAGGUUGAGGCCCGACAGAAGAAGGCCUACCGAUACUUCCACAAUGGAUUGAUCAACAACAGCUUGUUCGUUGCCAAGGACAAGGCGCCGUAUGAUGAGACUCAAGAGUCAAAGGUCCUGCUCAACCCAGACGCUCGUGUGGUUCUCAACGAGAAGACAUCACAGUUGGCCUACCCAACCAAAGCGCCUGUGCAGAAGGCCAAUCAAGGCACAAAGGAAAUGGUUGAGAACUUGGCCAAGGCCGCCGUCACAGACACCACACGCGUCGGGGUGGAUGUUGAAAACAUUGAUGCAAUCAAUAUUGACAACGAAACAUUCAUCGAGCGUAAUUUUACCGAAGCGGAACAAAAGUACUGCCGUCAGGCUGCGUCACCCCAAUCGUCCUUUGCUGGUCGAUGGAGUGCCAAGGAGGCAGUGUUCAAGUCCCUUGGUGUGCCCGGAAAAGGUGCUGGGGCACCGUUGAAGGACAUUGAAAUCACCAAUGAUGCCAGUGGAGCUCCCAUUGUUACAUUGCAUGGCGAUGCUGCCGCUGCUGCAAAACAGGCCGGAGUCCGGGCGGUUACUGUCAGCAUCAGCCACAGCGAUUCCCAAGCCGUUGCCGUUGCGCAGGCUACCCUUAACUAG